GGUGAGAACAGGGGAGCUGAGGGCCCAUUUUGGGCUUGUUUCCGGAGAUCUCUGGGCUCCAUGGAGGAGGGCAUGGGGAUGGCCGCGACUGUCUCUCAUGGCUAUUUUGGACCUAAUUAGGGGUCCUACAGGUCAGAGGGCACUGGCUCUUUGGCCAGGUUGAUGAAGAUAGGUUAGGAAAAAGGACGCUUGAGUCUGGUGAAAAGACACGAAAGCUUGGGUUUUGUGGGGUCCUCACGAAACCCGUGGGGUCCUCAUGAAAACGUAGAGGUGGGCGCUUUAAGAACCUUAGCUGGAUCACAAGGUUCUUAUGAUGUUGUAACCAGAGUGGGAAGGUGAGAAACCCUUAACAAGACGCAUGAUGUCAUGGCCAGAACGAAUGAUGUCAUUGUAGACCAUUACAGAAAAGACGGAUCUCCGUGAUGUGUCUGAGAGUGAGGAGGGGUGAGACCUUUCAAAGGGAUACAUGAACAAUAUGAUGUCAGCACCCAGGCUAGCUGUGUGUGGUGGAGUGGAGUUUGGGUUCUUUAGGGAGAGGGCUGGUCUCUUUAAGGAGCUGUGGUGGGCUGUGAGGGCCUGGUGAUGUCACAGGUGGGAGAGUUCAGGAUUGGCUAACCACUUAUCCCGCCUUACCUUGGAUGGUCUAGGAAGAGGGGAGCAAGAGGAUACCCUGGUUGCCAUGGUAACACCACUUUCCUUGCUUCAUCUCUCCCCCUUGACCAUUCCAGAUGCAGUGAGUGAAGGGGGGGCCAUGGCAGAGGAGCGGCCCCCUCGGCUGGUGGAUUACUUCGUGGUAGCUGGGCUUGCAGGGAACGGGGCACCCAUCCCUGAGGAAACGCGGGUUCCUGAACCCAGUGGGUCCCUGCGCCCUCCCCGGCCAGCUGAACCCAUCACAGAUGUGGCGGUCAUCGCUAGGGCCCUGGGCGAGGAAGUGCCUCAGGGCUACACGUGCAUCCAGGCUUCUGCCGGCGGCCACCCCUUGGAACUCAGUGCUGGGCUCCUGGGUGGAACUCAACCCGUCAUCUGCUACCGCAGGGGCCGUGACAAGCCCCCACUCGUUGAGCUAGGGGUGUUGUAUGAGGGGAAGGAGCGUCCCAAGCCUGGCUUCCGAGUACUAGACACGACACCCUACAGCCACUCAGCUAACCUGGCCCCUCCGGGCCCUGGGCACCCCCGCACCUACCUCACUUACCGGCGGGCCGCAGAGGGGGCGGGGCUGCAUGCCCUGGGCAUCACUGACCUGUGCCUGGUCCUGCCCAGCAAGGGGGAGGGCACCCCUCAUACCUACUGCCGACUGCCCCGCAACCUCAACCCCGGCAUGUGGGGCCCAGCAGUGUACCUGUGCUACAAGGUGGGCCUGGCUAAGGCCAACACACUGGUGUACGAGGCAGAGCUGCUGGGCCGCUACCCGGAGGAGGACAAUGACGCGUUCCCGCUGCCCGAGUCGGUGCCCGUCUUCUGCCUGCCCAUGGGGGCCACCAUUGAGUGCUGGCCCGCCCAGACCAAGUACCCCGUGCCCGUCUUCUCCACCUUUGUGCUCACGGGUGCAGCUGGUGAUAAGGUGUAUGGUGCCGCCCUGCAGUUCUACGAGGCGUUCUCGAGGACCCGGCUGUCGGAGCGGCAGGCGCGGGCCCUGGGCCUGCUGAGCGCCGUCGAGCGGGGCCGGGCGCUGGGGGGCCGGGCGGUGCGCAGCCGUCGUGCCAUCGCCGUCCUGUCCCGCUGGCCUGCCUUCCCCGCCUUCCGGGCCUUCCUCACCUUCCUUUACCGCUACUCCGUCUCAGGCCCCCACCGCCUGCCCUUGGAGGCGCACAUCUCCCACUUCAUCCACAACGUCCCCUUCCCUUCCCCACAGAGACCCCGAAUCCUGGUGCAGAUGUCUCCCUAUGACAACCUGCUCCUUUGUCAGCCUGUAUCCUCACCCCUGCCCCUCAGCGGUGCCAGCUUCCUACAGCUGCUGCAGAGCCUGGGCCCUGAGCUGGCUAUCACGCUGCUGCUGGCUGUGCUCACGGAGCAUAAGCUGCUAGUCCACUCCCUGCGGCCGGACCUGCUUACCAGCGUCUGUGAGGCCCUCGUCUCUAUGACCUUCCCGCUGCACUGGCAGUGCCCCUACAUUCCGCUGUGCCCGCUGGUGCUGGCAGACGUGCUGAGUGCCCCAGUGCCCUUCAUUGUGGGCAUCCACUCCAGCUACUUCGAUCUGCACGACCCGCCUGCUGAUGUCAUCUGUGUCGACCUUGACACCAACACACUUUUCCAGACUGAGGAAAAGAAGCCCCUCUCCCCUCGGACCCUGCCCCGCAGGCCCUACAAGGUUCUGCUGGCCACGCUGACAAACUUGUACCAGCAGCUGGACCAGACAUAUACUGGACCCGAGGAGGAGGCCUCCCUGGAAUUCCUGCUGACAGACUACGAGGCGGUGUGCGGCCGCCGGGCCCGGCUGGAGCGCGAAGUCCAGGGUGCCUUCCUCCGCUUCAUGGCCUGUCUGCUCAAGGGCUACCGGGACUUCCUGCGCCCACUCACCCAGGCCCCGUCUGAGGGGGCUCGAGAUGUGGACAACCUCUUCUUCCUGCAGGGCUUCCUGAAGUCCCGGGAACGGUCCAGCCACAAGCUGUACUCUCAGCUGCUGCACACGCAGAUGUUCUCGCAGUUCAUCGAGGAGUGUUCUUUUGGCUCUGCUCGGCAAGCUGCCUUUGAAUUCUUCGACUCCUAUGUCGACAAGGUCCACCCAGAGCAGGAGAAGCCUGAGCUGACGCCCUUGGUGGAGCUGGAGGAGCUGUCGGGAAGUGAGCUCACCGUCUUCAUCACCCCGCCUGAGGAGCCUCCAGUACCAGAGGGCAGCGACUCUCCUCCUCUGUACUGCUACGACGGGUUCCCGGAGCUACGGGCGGAGCUGUUUGAGUCUCCACAAGAACAAGCCGGCGCCCUGCCUGUGCCGGGCCCAUCCCGCAGUGCCCCCAGCAGCCCCGCGCCUCGCCGUACCAAACAGGAGCUGAAGGUUGCGCAGCGGACGGCCCAGAAGUCAGCAGGCGUGCCCGAGCUGUGGGCCCGGUGCCUGCUGGGGCACUGCUACGGGCUGUGGUUCCUGUGUCUGCCAGCCUAUGUGCGGGCGGCACCCUCCCGGGUGCGGGCGCUGCACACGGCCUGCCACGUGCUGCGCCAGAUGGAGAGCCGCAAGGUGGUGCUGCCCGACGAGGUGUGUUACCGGGUGCUGAUGCAGCUCUGCUCCCACUACGGGCAGCCCGUGCUGUCUGUGCGGGUCAUGCUGGAGAUGCAGCGGGCGGGUAUCGUGCCCAACACCAUUACCUACGGCUACUAUAACAAGGCUGUGCUGGAGAGCAAGUGGCCAUCUGGCACACCGGGUGGGCGCCUGCGUUGGGCCAAGCUCCGGAAUGUCGUCCUGGGGGCUGCUCAGUUUCGCCAGCCACUGAGGGAGAGGCAGCAGCAGCAGGAGGCGGCACAGCAAGAGGCAGGCAGCUCCCAGACAGAUCCCCACCUGGAGCACCCCUCUCCCACCCGUCCCCUUCAGCGGCAGACUACCUGGGCUGGGCGCAGCCUGCGGGACCCCGCCUCCCCCACGGGGCGCCUGGUGAAGAGCAGCAGCCUGGGCAGUGCCCGAGGGGCACAGCCCACUGUGGAGGCCGGCGUGGCCCGCAUGAUCGAGGCCUUGGGGGUCCUGGGACCUCGGGAGUCUCCUGUGCCCUGGCAGGAUGGAAGCCUCUCAGACCUGAGCCUGACAGGGGAGGAGCCAGCACCGGGAGGCAGCCCAGGAGCCCUGCGCUCUGCCCUGAAUACCCGGUCCACUGAGGCCCUGGAAGGGCUGAGUGGGCGGGCGUCCAAGGCUGCUGGGCGUCAGGAUGAAGCAGGCACCCCCCGACGGGGGCUGGGGGCCCGCCUCCAACAGCUGCUCACUCCUUCCCGCCGCUCCCCAGCCUCCCGCACCCCGCCACCUGAGCUGCCCCCUGAGCUGCCUCCCCCAGCCCGCCACAGCCCUAUGGACAGCCUUCUGCGCCCCCGGGAGCGCCCUGGAUCUACUGCCUCCGAGAGCUCAGCCUCUCUCGGCAGCGAAUGGGACCUCUCAGAAUCUUCUCUCAGCAGCCUGAGCCUUCGCCAUUCCUCAGAGCGCCUCAGUGACACCGCUGGAUCCUUCCAGCCGCCUUCCCUGGAAAUUUUGCUGUCUAGCUGCUCCCUGUGCCGCGUCUGUGACUCGCUGGUGUACGAUGAGGAGAUCAUGGCUGGCUGGGCACCUGAUGACUCCAAUCUCAACACAACCUGCCCCUUCUGCGCCUGCCCCUUUGUGCCCCUGCUCAGUGUCCAGACCCUUGAUUCCCGCCCCAGUGCCCCCAGCCCCAAGCCUGCCCCUGCUGGUGCCAGUGGCAGCAAAGAUGCUCCCGUUCCCGGUGGCCCUGGCCCUGUGCUCAGCGACCGCAGGCUCUGCCUUGCCCUGGAUGAGCCCCAGCUCUGCAAUGGGCAUGUGGGGGGUCCCUCUCGGCGGGUCGAGGGUGGGGCAUGGGCGUACCUCAGCCCCCUGGUGCUGCGUAAGGAGCUGGAGUCGCUGGUAGAGAACGAGGGCAGUGAGGUGCUGGCCUUACCUGAACUGCCCACUACCCACCCCAUCAUCUUCUGGAAUCUUCUGUGGUAUUUCCAGCGGCUGCGCCUGCCCAGUAUUCUGCCAGGCCUGGUGUUGGCCUCCUGUGGUGGGCCGCUGCCUCCCCAGGCCCCACCUCCCUGGCUAAACCCUGACCCAGCCUCCGUGCAGGUGCGGCUGCUGUGGGAUGUCCUGACCCCUGACCCCGGCAGCUGCCCGCCUCUCUACGUGCUCUGGAGGGUCCACAGCCAGAUCCCCCAGCGGGUGGUAUGGCCAGGCCCAGUACCUGCGUCCCUUAGCAUGGCGUUGCUGGAGUCGGUGCUGCGCCACGUCGGACUCAAUGAGGUGCACAAGGCAGUGGGGCUCCUGCUGGACACACUAGGGCCCCCGCCCACUGGCCUGCACCUGCAGAGAGGCAUCUACCGAGAGAUCUUGUUCCUGACAAUGGCUGCCCUGGGCAAGGACCACGUGGACAUAGCCGCCUUCGACAAGAAGUACAAGUCUGCCUUUAACAAGCUGGCCAGCAGCUUGGGCAAGGAGGAGCUGAGGCAGCGGCGGGCGCAGAUGCCCAGCCCCAAGGCCAUUGACUGCCGCAAAUGUUUUGGAGCACCUCUGGAAUGCUAGGGACCCUCAGCUUCCUGCUCUAGCCUUGGGGUGGGGUGGGGAAGAAAGGAUUCUAGCGACAACCUGCUUCCCUGCUCCCCUCAUAGAGGAGCUGGGAACAGGCUGGCAAGCGUGCCUAGCCAUAGGCUCCAAGUUGGGCAGCAGGAAGAGGGACCCACUGUUACCCAAAGUCCCCGUUCCCUUAUCUCUGACCUGCCCGAUUUGCUCAUGCUGAUGCUGGGGGAAGCCUGGAGGGAGUUGGCACAGCUCUGUUUCUCCCCUGUCCUCUACCAGGAACCCACCUUCCUCUACCCCUGCCCAGGGUACCCACAGAUCUGCACUGCCCUGGUCAUUUUAGAAGUUUUUGUUUUAAAAAACAACUGGAGAGAUACAGAGCUGUUGAGCCUUUGCCCCGAAUACGGGGGAGGGAUUCCUCAUGAUAACGGCCCCUCUUCCCUGGCACUGCUGAAGGAGCCCAAGGCACCCUAUGCCUUCCUACCUUAGUGUUUGUAUUUUAUUUUAAGUUAUUUAUUCCGGAGCCACAGCCUCCUUGCUUAUGAGGUUCUCACGGAGGGGGAGCAAGAGAAGGGAAACGGGGCACCAUGGUCUGGGUCUGGUGGUUUACAGCUCCUGGAAGGUCAGGUGAUGGGAAAUGGAGAAGUCCCAACCCCCCUUCGGGAGAACUGGUGCCCCCUCCAGUCCUAAUCCUUGUCCACUCCUCCUUGGGGUAUGCCUCACCUACCCAGGACCCUGACUUGUGCAAUAAGGAUUGUUCCUUGCGAAGUUUUGUUAGAUGUAAAUAUAGUAAAAUCUGCUUCUGUCUUUUUCCUGCUGCCUCUUAUUCCAUGGGACUGGGAUAAGGGAGGGGACACCUCUUUGCCCCACUGCACAUCCUCCUUUCCACCCUCAGGCAUACCCCACUUUCCCACCCAGGUCUGGAACUGGCCCCUUGGGGCACAGGGAGUUCUCGGGGCAGGAGAGGGGUGAAUCCUGCGCUGGCUAUGGUGGUGCCAGUCUGUGUGGCACUUCCGGCCCUCCCACACAAUCACCCCCUUGUCCCUCAUCUGUGCCCACACAAAGCCUCCAUUCUCUGGGGGACUUGAGCUCAUCUCUGCCUUCUUUCCCCCAGCCUCCCCUCCAGCUUCUCCAGUACCUCCACAGGGCUGACAACCCUCUCCCGGGUAGUCGGUGCUGGCAGACCUGGCGCAUGCCCGGGGCCCUGGCGGUCAUCCUCAGCCGCCUUAGUUAUUUUAGCUGCAGGCAGUGCUCCUCCACCUAGGGUCUCAGCCUGGGAACAGCUGCAGGGAAAUGGGGGCAAAGAUGAAGGGGCUUGCUGCAUCUGGGCAUCAUUUUCCUAAUCGCUCUGGCCCGCUGGAAUUUCUCCUUCCUCUCUCUGUCCUGUGUAAUGAAACAAACACAGGAAACACCUCCUACCAGAGCUGCAAAACCAAUUACCAAAGGGAACUCGCCAGCGAAACAGAAGUGC